CCAAAGCUUAGACUUAAAACAGUUUCUCAUGGAUGUGCAUUAAGAUACAAACCAGUGAACAGUUUGAGUGAGAGAGACGGCAUGAGAGGGGAAAAAGACAGUACGCACUAAAAGUCAUGUGUCUAGGAGACUUUCUCCUGUGCUUUUUUUUUUUUUUUUUUUUUUUUUUUUUUUGCUAGUACAGCACAGUAGUCGCAAGAGAACGAGGAAGUGCUGUGGAACAAAGCUCUAACACACUACAACACAAGGACACUAACGCAAAUCUCUCGCUCAGAGACCAUGGAGGACACUACAGCACAGAGCAAAGCUCAUGGGAUGGAAGGGGAGAUGGAGAAGAGCAGACUAAGUGAUCCUGUGGAAGAAGAGGGUGACUUGAGGCUGGUGUUGCUGGGCUGGGCCGGCACAGGGAAGAGCAGUGUGGGUAAUACCGUCCUCGGCUGCCCAGUGUUUGAAACCCGCUGUGACACCACCUCUGAGAAACCAGUUACCAUGAAGUGUGAGAAGAAAUGUGUGACCAGGGCAGGGAGACAGCUUGCUGUGGUGGACACUCCCGACUGGUUCUACUCAGAGUGCUCCCCAGAGGAAGUGCGGCGCCAGCUUGCUCACUGUGAAUCCCUGUCUGCCCCGGGACCCCAUGCAUUCCUCCUGUGUGUCUCUGUGCAUCAGUCAAACAAACUGGAGCUCCAAACUCUAGAUGCCUUAGAGAAGGUAUAUGGCCGAGCAGCUAUAAGCAAGCACACAAUUAUUCUCUUCACUCACACAGACAAGCUUCCAAAGGAUCAAACCCUGGAGGACCACCUUAGUACAGAGCGCACAGACCUGCAGGAACUGGUGGAGAGGUGUGGGGACCGCUACCAUGUGUUUGGGCUCGGAGCAGAAGGGGAGAUCGGGGCAAAAGAGAGAGACAGUGUGGAGAAGCUGAUGGAGAAGGUCGAUGAGAUGGUGAAAGAGAGUGGGGAGGAAUUCUACACCUUACCUCCACUCUUCCGGAUGGAGGGGAGAGCGAAGGAGAGAUAUGGAAUUGAGGAGUGGGCAGAAAGGAGUGAAGAGGAAGAUCUGUCCAUUGUGAGGAGGAAAAGAGGUGCAGAGGAGGAAGACUCACUGACAGAGGAGGAAAGGAUCGAGGAGGAAGCUGAGGGAAAAACAGAAGAUCUGGAGGUAGAGGAGGACCUCAGUGAGUCUCCCCCCGCUCCCCCACCCCCGUUCUUGCACUGGAUGUGGGAUACCAUUGUUUCUUGGGUGCUCUGGCUGCCCAGCCUGGUGAGGGGCAGCACUUUAAUUGGUUCCUUUGUAGGGAUGUUCAUUGGGGGGAUGUUUGGAGGCGCAAUGGGGGCUACAGUGGGCUCUGUGGCCACUGAGGUAGGCAGACGUAAGAAAACCCAGAAAACAAAAUCAAAAUAACUUAUAUGCAUUAGAACACUUUAUGGAACAUAAAUUUAGCAAAGACCCAAAUUCAUACAAAGCUAUGGGCUCAGGUGAGCAAAUGGAACAAUCUACAUUAGUUUACUGUAUGUUUUCAAGCUUGGUUCUUAUACAAUGAGUAGGUUUUUGAGCUAAAAAGAGUUACAUUCACUUAAUAUAAAACUUAUAUAAUGCCUGGGAUAAUCAAGCACUUACCAAAGUAGAAACUAUUGUCAGUAAUGAUACAAAGUGAAAUUGUUUGCAAGAAAAAUUUGUUAACCGCACAGGUUUGAGCCUGUUCAUUUAUUUACACGACUUUGAAAUGCCUGGUCAAUGGUAGAAGGGUAUUUUGUGGUGCUUAUCUCUUGAAAAGAGAGAAGAGAAGAAUAUUAUUGUUGGAACAGACCUAAAACAUUUUACAUGACAAAUAAUGGCUGGAUUUAAAAGGUGUUUAUAGGAUAAACUGUUUCAUAGGGUACAGUACACACACAACCCCAAUGCUCAUGUUUAUGCUAACUCGUCAUGCACUUCAACAGGAACACCAAUUUAAAUAACAGUGCUUUGAAAUUUCUAUCACAGUCAUUUUUACUGCACGUACUGUAAAUUUGUACAGGUUGUAUUGUUUUUUUUUAAAUAACUUCUAUAAGCGUGUAACUAAUUGCAGUUAACAUUAGAAUACAACACGCUGUGUGGAAGCUGUUCUAUUGCUGCAUUAGCGAUCCCUGUCCCAUGUUAAACAUACAACACAUGCUGUUUAAAUAGCUUUUUGUUCUACAGUGAAGAACAUCUGUAUUCCACCGGUCUUUUGUCAACAUCUUAUUGCUUUGUAGUAUAUGAUUUGUUUACAAAUGGAUUACAAAACACUUUUUGUUGCUGUAUGAAAACAUAAAAAUAAAACUAAAUAAUUUAAGUAAUCCACUAAUAACUCA